UCUCACUUCAGGAGGGGGUGAAGAGGAGAGCAGUUUAGUUUAGACAGACAGGCGGACUGAGCAGCUCUGCGAGACCCGCUCAGGGCAAAUCUGAAAGAAAAAAAACAAACUUUUGGCAGUGCUGACUGACAAGCUAUCACUGUUUGUUCUGUAAGAAGGGAAUGAAUCUGCUUCCACUUGAAGUUAUUUGCACCAUAACCGGUUUUGAGGAGGCGGUGGUGAGGCGCGGCGGAUGGGAACAUUCAGCAGCAGCAGCAGCGCCAAACUCACAAUGCGCCCGGAGUGAACAGAGGCAGGGAGACAAUACAGAUCCGCGGGCACACUGACUGAGGAGCUGCAAACUCUCAUCUGGCCUCUUUUUUCUUCUUUUCAAAACCUCUUCCAGAGUGGCAUCCUUCCCUCUCUUCCCCACAAGUCUACGCCUGAUUUUGUGAUUGAUUGAGACACUACGAGGACAAGUGGUUUGAUCUCCAAACUCAGCCAUGACGUCUCCGGCCAAAUUCCGAAAGGACAAGGAGAUAGUGGCCGAAUAUGAGACUCAAGUUAAAGAGAUCCGUGCCCAGCUGGUGGAGCAGCUCAAGUGUCUGGAUCAGCAGUGUGAGCUGAGGGUGCAGCUGCUGCAGGACCUGCAGGACUUCUUCAGGAAGAAGGCCGAGAUCGAGGUGGACUACAGCCGUAACCUCGAGAAGCUGGCCGAGAGGUUCCUCACCAAGACCCGCAGCACCAAGGACCAUCUACUCAAGAAGGAGCACAGCAUUUUAUCCCCCGUGAACUGCUGGAACCUGCUGCUGCUUCAGGUGAAGAGGGAGAGCCGCGACCACGCCACACUGUCCGACCUCUACCUCAACAACAUCAUCCCCCGCUUCGCACAGAUCAGCGAGGACUCAGGACGCCUCUUCAAGAAGAGCAAAGAGGUCGGCGUGCAGCUGCAAGAGGACCUGAUGAAAGUUCUUAAUGAGCUUUACGCGGUGAUGAAGACGUACCACAUGUACAACACUGACAGCAUCAAUGCCGAGUCCAAGCUGAAGGAGGCGGAGAAGCAGGAGGAGAAGCAGAUGGGACGCUCCGGUCGACAAGACGACCGACAGACGCCGCGCUCCCCCGACACCUUGGCCACCAUCAAGAGCGACGAGAAGCCCGUCCGGCGCUCCAGCGUCAAGAAAAUCGAGAAGAUGAAGGAGAAGAGACAAGCUAAGUACACAGAGAACAAGCUGAAGGCCAUCAAGGCCAGGAACGAGUACCUGCUGGCUCUCGAGGCCACCAACAGCUGUGUCUUCAAAUAUUACAUCCACGACCUCUCCGACAUCAUUGACUGCUGUGACCUCGGCUACCAUGCCAGCCUGCACCGCGCCCUGAGGACCUACCUAUCUGCAGAACAGAACGUAGAGACAUCCAAACACUCGGGCCUGGAGACGCUGGACGGAGCCGCAGAGAGUCUGGAGGCCAACGGGGACAAACAGAAACUGAUGGAGACCUACAACAACGUCUUCUGCCCCCCGGCUCGCUUUGACUUCCAGUCCCACAUGGGAGACACGAUGGGAGUGGUUUGUGCACAGCAGCCGCUGGAAGGCGAUCUGCUCCAGAGGUGUCAGCAGCUGCAGUCCCGCCUCUCCACACUCAAGAUCGAGAAUGAGGAGGUGAAGAAAACCAUGGAGGCCACUCUGUCCACCAUCCAGGACAUGGUGACGGUGGAGGACUACGACGUCUCCGAGUGCUUCCAUCACAGCAACAGCAUGGAGUCGGUCAAGUCCACUUUCAGUGAAUCCUAUCUCAGUAAGCCCAGUCUGGCCAAACGGCGGGCCAACCAGCAGGAGACGGAGCAGUUUUACUUCACGAAGCUGAAGGAGUUCCUGGAAGGCAGGAACCUGAUCACCAAGCUGGAGGCCAAGCAUGACCUCAUCGACAAGACCCUGGGAGAGAGUCAGAAGACUGACUGUUGCCUUGCCAGUGGACGGAGAAACUCGGCGGUACGGAAGCAGGAGUCUGGCGAGGCCAUUCCUCUGAUGGUCGAGAGCUGCAUCCGCUUCAUCAGUCGCCAUGGUCUGCAGCAUGAGGGCAUCUUCAGGGUGUCAGGCUCUCAGGUGGAAGUCAACGACAUCAAGAACGCCUUUGAGAGAGGUGAGGACCCGCUGGCAGGGGACCAGAAUGACCACGACAUGGACUCCAUCGCUGGCGUCCUGAAGCUCUACUUCAGAGGACUUGACCACGCCCUCUUCCCUAAGGAAGUCUUCCAUGACCUCAUAUCCUGUGUCUCGAUGGAGAGCCUCCAAGAGCGGGCAGUCCACAUUAAAAAAGUUCUGAAAUCUCUGCCGAGCAAAACCCUCAUCAUCAUGAGAUACCUGUUCGCCUUCCUCAACCACCUGUCCCAGUACAGCGACGAUAACAUGAUGGACCCCUACAACCUGGCCAUCUGUUUCGGCCCCACCCUGAUGUCUGUCCCCGAGGGCAACGACCAGGUCUCUUGCCAGGCCCACGUCAACGAGCUCAUUAAAACUAUCAUCAUCCACCAUGACACCAUCUUCCCCGGACUGCAGGACAUGCAGGGCCCCAUCUACGCCAUCCCUGGAGCUGGAGACGACUUCUGUGACAGUCCACACUGUGAGCCCCCCCUGGUGGAAGAGCCUGCACCUGACACCGUCUCUGUCCGCAACAACAGCGAAGAUGGCUCCUUGGCUGUUUCAGAGUCUGACCCAUUCGAAGCCGUCGCUCGGUUCGACUACACCGGCCGGACUAGUCGGGAGCUGACGUUCAAGAAGGGCGCAUCUCUGCUUCUCUACCAGCGAGCCUCUGAAGACUGGUGGGAGGGACGGCAUAACGGAGUGGAUGGACUGAUUCCGCACCAGUACAUUGUGAUCCAAGACAUGCCUGACGGGGGCAGGGGAAGUCCAAAGACCGAAAGGGACCUGCUGGAGGAGAGAGUGUCCACUAGAGGCAGCGCUGCUUCUCCUACUGGAGCUCAUGUGGCUGACAUCUACCUGGCCAACCUGAACAAGUGUGUCUCAAAGUUGAGGAAACGUCCGGAGUCCGGGAGCAUCCGAAGAGCUUUCCGGAGCUCCGAGAGCGACAGCACGAGUCCAGGAGCCAGCGGAGGAGGAGGAGGAGGAGGUGGUGGCGGAGGAGGAGGAGGUGGAAGUGGAGGAGGAGGAGGAGGAGGAGGAGGAGGGCCGAGAACUGCCUCUCUUCCUGUUGGUGGGGCUCUGGUGAAAGAAGCUGGAGACAAACGACCCGUCAGCGCUCACAGCAUCCUCAACUCAGUCACUCGCCACUCUUCUCUCAAGACCAAGGUGGAGAGUCCACAGUUACGCAAGACAACUACAGCGGGGCGAUCUAAGAGCUUCAGUAACCACAGACCACUGGACCCUGAGGUCUUAUCCCAGGUGGAGCACAGCUCACAGGACAUCGAGGCUGCGAUGAGCUCUGCCCUGAGUGAGCUCAGUAAGUUGGAGAGACAGAGCACUUCGAAACACACUCACACCCCCGACGUGGUCCUGGACACACUGGAGCAGCUGAAAGGCAUGGGUGGAGGUGGAGGAGGAGGAGGAGGAGGAGGAGGAGCCUCGGAGCCCUCCAGUCCGCUCCACUCCCGUCUGCUACGGGACAGCGAAGGGGGCUCCUCGCACGCCCACCCACUUCAGCGCAGCGCCUCCUCCGCCAGCGACGUGCCCUCCUCCUUCCGCCCGGUCAAGAGCCAACCGCGGAGCCCGUUACCCUCCGCCACAUCCCCCUCUCUCUCCUCUUCCUCCCUCUCCUCAUCUGUACCUUCCUUUAGGGAGCUGCGCCCCCCAGCGACGAGGCCCAAGCCGGUGGUGUUCCCGAAGAGCGGAGGUGGCAGUCCGGCCAUGGGUUCCCCGACCUCUACUGUGCCCCCGACACCUCCUCCUCCGCUUACAGGCCACUUACACUCUCUCCCUCACACGCCUCCUCCUCCACCUCCAACCCAGUCUAACGACAAAUCCUGCCCGGCUUAGGACUUCUCAAUCUGACCCACGAUAACUGAUUCUUACAAACUCUUACAGCUCUUCUACCGGGUGCAGAAAGCACUUCAUUUGUUUCACACAAGACCUGACCCACUACUCAUGUGUAGCAUUCACUUCUCGGUGUCCAGGCGAGUUCGUAAGACGCCAUGUUCCCUUAAGAGUGUUUUUUUUCAGCCCUUUCCUGGCAGCUCUGCGUACUACAGGUCAACUAUCAGAGGGGUUUCGAUUAGUGAACACCCUCCAAAGACACUUUUUUCUUUUGCCACCGCAGAGAUCCGAGACAUCACUGGAUUUUACAUAUUUUUUUUUUUGAAAAGGGAACAGGACUCAGGACGGACACCUACAGACCUACAUCUUACAUACACUAGCUUGUGAUGUUUGGAAUUGUGUUUGAGUGGGCGUGCAGGAGUGUUACUUGCCUUUUACACACACAGAUCUAAGUGAGGAACAAAAAGCACUGUUUGAUUUUUGUAUAGUAGACAUGACAGCUUUUCUUUUUCUUUUUAAUGACCCAUGGCUAGCGGACUGGAAGGGAGUGUUUGAUUCCUGAGAAUAGACUGUGAAAUGCUGAGCUCUCACUAGAAAAUGAAACACACUGACUCGCUGCUUCAGAAGUGGAAGACUGGAGAUAAAGGUGGACUAUUGGGAUGAUGAAAGGAAAGAAAACUGGGCCAAAUAUCAGUGUAAGUCAUGUGGUGGGGGCUUUAUUUUAUCUCUUCCUCCAGUGUUUGAUAUGUUGGUGAUUAUUUUUUUUUUGAUUACUGUACCACAACAGGAGCAUAGCGGGAGCGAAGUUCUCCAAACAUGGCCGACAGUAAUUCUAAAUACACAUAAAGCAAUACAGAUGAUGAAAGCUGGUAGUUUGAGGCAUUAUGCUGCGUCUCUCCUGCAGCUCUAUUACGUGUGUAGGGGACCACUGAAUCCCAGCAUUUUUAUAGGCAAUGUUGGACUGUACACACGCGCACACAUUCUCUCCAAAUGUGUGUGUUGGUGUUUUGUGGCAGCUAAACGCCUUUCAGGUUUUCCUUGCAUGCUGGGGCCAUAGCCGGCCGCCGCUAUGGCGAGCUGGCUGAUUGCAUCGGUUUAUAUACCAGCCACAGGUCAAACAAAGUUACAGCUUGCUCCUUUAACUAUAUACUUCAGACUUAACAGUAAAAAAAAAAAAGGGUUAUAUUAUUCUUAUGGUGUGUAUGUAUGUUUAAUAAUCAUGAUGAUAACUGGAAGCAUGGAGCUGAG